UGCGUCUCCAUUGUGUUUGAUAAGAUACUCGUUCGCGUGAUUUUACAGUGGAUUCAAGAGAAGCCCGAGACUUUGUUGCAAUGCACUCAUUCUAAAAUUCUCCACGAAGAAAAUGUGGCUGGCGACAGUUGUUUUCUUGCUGGGGCUAGUGCUGGCUCUGCGAUUCGCACCUUACAACACAAAAUUUACCCUUUACUAUUUCAUCAUUUCGUUUUUGGCAACUUUCUGCAUCCCUUUCUUCGCCGUUUUCAACCCGUGCGACCCCAUAAACUGCUACAGGUCUUCAUUCGUCCUCCGCUUGGUAUCGCAUAUUUUCGGCAUUAAAUGGGAAGUGCGGGGGAAAGAAUUGCUGAGCCAAACGAGGGCGUGUGUGGCCGUGGCGAACCACCAAAACUCGUUUGAUGUUCUCGGCAUGUUUUGGAUCUGGAAAUGGAUGAAAAACUGCUCGUCGGUGGCCAAAAAGGAGAUUUUUUACGCGUGGCCCUUCGGCCUUGCGCUCUGGCUGUCAGGAUGCAUUUUCAUCGACAGACUCAACUCAAAGCAGGCCCAGAAACAGCUUAAAGAGGCUGCUAGGAGAAUGGACAAGGACGGCGUCAAACUGUGGGUUUUUCCGGAAGGAACGAGGAAUAAAAGUCGCAGCCUGAUGCCAUUCAAGAAGGGCGCUUUUCACGUGGCGAUAGCAUGCCAAGCACCCAUUAUGCCUGUCGUUUUCUCACCAUACUAUUUCAUCAACCAUAACAAUGGCUUUUUCGGCACCGGAAAAGUGAUCAUCACCGUGUUGCCUUAUAUCGAGACCAAAGGGCUCACGCUUGACGACAUUGGCGAGCUGCAGAACAAGGUUUGGAAACAGAUGAACGAGGUUUACACAAACGUGUCGACCGAGCUGAGAGAUUCCUUGCCACCAAAAUACCCGGGACUGGUUGGAUUUGACGAAGAAAACUAACCGAGUGCUAUUAAUCAUUUUUUAUAAUUUGACUUGG